ACUGGUAGGCCGGUCGUAAGGACAUAACAGGUUACCAGAAACCUCUAAGAGGUUAAAACUUAACGAUAGAUAUGUGGGUUUGGUUGGUCACCCGAUUGAAUGGCAUGGCUUGGGUUUUACAUACGAUUUCAAAGUCAGCCUCAAGUUUAUAACCUUUCCUUAUUGAAUUUGGAUUUAAACUUGAACGGCAAAACUACAUUGUAAACCUUUCCCUUACAAAAGCUGGGUUAAACCGAGGUUUACAUUGUUUUUAUGUAUAAUCAAACUCGGCAUUUUUUGCGUAAUUAUUUCAAUUUGAAUUUACAACAUGAUAGAGUUUAAUUUAAUACAGAGUCACAGUUUUAUUCGUACGGAGUUAAGAGUGAGAGUUGCCUUAUUGUAGGAAUAUUUAGGGAUGGUAGUGCUACAUGGGAUUAGUCAUAUAGUUGAAAUUCGUAUGUGCAUAUGUAUUUAUGUACAAUGAGACGGUGCGUUGAGCAUGAAAAUGUUGCAGAUUUCAAAUUAGUGCGAAAGGUGACGGAUUUUUGAAAAAGUAAAAGUGCUGUGAAUAAUUAUUUACGGUGACAAUUUGUAUUGUUAUAAUGUGCAAGAAGGAACGAAUUGAGUGACUUUUUAAUCUUAAGUGAAUAAUUAGUUAAGUUUGUGGGGUUAAAAAUUUUGACAAACUUUUGUUUCAAAAUGUGGCCCUUUAAAAGACUAAAUUUUCGAAUAAAUAGUGUACUUUUACUGGUGGUGGUGCUUAUCGGAGGAGGGACGCUUACCGGGACGAAUUCGAUUGGUGGGAGGAGACACAUUUUAAGCAGUAAUGGCAGAAGAUUGUUCCAAGUCAUUCCAAAAUCUGGGAAUUGUCUGCACGGGAAUUGUACCGGAAACGUGGCCAGCGAAAAAUUGAGACUGAUUAAACGAGCCUCCGUCGUAAAAGAUUACGGAUCACAUUUCUCCGUCGAGACGUACGUUCCUCCACAAUUGUCGCACAUUAUGGAUUUGGCGACGGGUAAAAAAGCGCAGGAAAAUGAAAUUUCAAAGGCGCAGAUUGAUCCUUCCCCGGCGUCAUUCGCUCAGCGUGGCGGUGGUGAACAGUUCGACAAUUUUGGACAUGGUCACAACCUCCACCACCAAGGAUUUGAUACUGCGAACGACGCCAUUCUCCAAGAACGGUACGACGACCAGAUCGCGAUGAGUGCAAAUGUCCAGCAACAACAGCAGCAGUUUCAGCACGACGUGUCCCCCCUGGUCCCCACGCCAAUUCCGGAUUGGCCCCUGCCCACGCCGAAUCAUCAUAAUUAUCCGGAAGAACAGCAUGGUGCGUUCCAAGGACACAAUUUGGGACAAGUGCACGGUUCACGAGAACAACAACACCCUGUAUUCCAAGGGGGACAAAAUUUGGAACAUAAUCCCGGACAAACGCAAAGUUUCCAGUUUACCUUAGAUCCCAAUAAUGGACAAAUGAUUACUGACGAGACGUUGAGACAAGAAAAUUUGUCCCCACCACCACCACAACCACAUCAUUACCAGUCGGAAGCAAAUCAACACCCCCAAGAAUAUGCCCCCCAUGCCCCACAGGAAUUUAAUACCGAACCUUUGGACCACUUCCCACCCGCACAAAACCGUCUGUACUCCCCCGAACUGCACAACUAUCAAAGCCAUCCCGGCUCCCAAAUCGGGGGAAAUAUUAUCGCCGCGAUACCAAAUCAAAAUCAUCCCCAAAAUCUAAACCCCCAGGAAACCCACCCACUCGCAAUCAUCACCCCGACCGAAGGUCAAGUUCAAGGUCAAGAUCAAGGUCAACUCAGCCGUGCCGACUAUUACGACACUGACUAUUUCCCAUCUUACCACAGUGCCGGCUGGGCCGAGGGGGACGGAUCCGGCUGGGCGUCCUGGGGGGAACCCCAUCAUUCCCACCACCACCACCCAGACUACCACGCCCUCAAAAAAAAGGAGGAACUCGUCGCCUCCCUCGUCGCUGAAGUCGCGUGGAAAGUGAUUUCUUCCUACAUCUUCGUCUUCAUCGCAAACGCGGUUAUCGGGCUUAUCGGAAAAUAUCUAGGAUUAUCCGACUCCUUCUUAGAGACGAAAAUCACCCUGGGGAAAGAUGCCCGGCAUCCCUUUGAACAUUACGGGUCGGGUAAUUCGGGGUCAUCAUCAGGGUCAUCUUCAGGGUCACCUUCUCCCCCUCAUAAAAUGGGGAAUCCUGGCGGUGGUGGGGGUAAUUCCGGCUGGGGUAAGGACACCUAUUACCCCAGCGAUCCCCUCUACCACCCCGCCUCCGCCCUGUACCACCACCCAACCUACCAAUACUACCCGAAGGGGACGGAGUACACCAUGCUCGGCUAUGAUCAACAUCAUGCCGUCAAAUAUGCGAAAAAGUAUGCGAAAAAAUAUGCCAAAAAAGCGGGGAAAUAUGGUCUCCGACCCAAACCGAUUUUGCCGUAUAUUCCCUCCUACAAUUAUGGGGGGCAUGAAGCAAUUUCCGGGUGGGGACGGGGGGAUCAGGGGGCGAAGGGGGACAAAAGUAAGGAGAUCGUGGUACCCACGACGGCGCAGAAGGUGGACAAGUUGGGAAAAGGCGUCUCUUCCGAGAACAAUAAGAACAAUGAGGGGACGAAAGGAGGGUCGGAUGAGGGGGGUGGCAGUGACGAUGAGAGUGACGAAGAAGAAGGUGGUGGUGUCGAUGUGGUCAAAAUUGGGAAAAAUGACACCGUGACACUGGACAAAAUUGGACCUGUGAUUAGUGACGAUGCCGAAGAAACUGGGCAAACGCUGAUACCGGAAGGAGAAGAAGUGACCUCGUCGUCGACGGUGGCGUCGGUUUUUUCGGAGUCACCAACGCUGGCAGAAUUUAGUUCGACACAUAAUACAACGGAAGAAGUUGCGCCUGUGGCGUCGGCUGGAUUUUCGUCGUCGUCGUCACCACCUACGCUGGAAGAAUUUGGUCCUAAAUAUAAUACGACAAUGGACGAAGUUGUAUUCCCCACUAUUUCGACAACCGGAAGUAGUAGUACCGCUCUUUUUGAUGAUAAGAACAGUACGACGACGACAUCAAAUGAUAAUAUCGCAAUUAUGACGACAUCUCGUCGUCGUCCCAACUUCGACAAUCAUUAGCUAUUCAAAAUAUUAGAGCUUUUUUGGGCUUUAAUACGACUAUUUUUGCAUUAUUUUCCACGCGUGAUUAAGUUUGACGGGUUUAUGAUGAUGCAAAAUUCAAUGCAAUUUACAAAAGACUCGUAUCGACCGAUUUUUCAGGUUGUGUGUUUAUGAGUUUCGUGUAAUCACAAAUUUUCAAUAAAUUUUGUGGGCACGAAAGAUGUACAAAUGUAGAAACGGAUGAAAGUGUGUUUGUGUCGUGUUAUUUAUUAAUUUUACAUUUAUUUAUUAUUUAUUACUGUGUGGAUGAAUUGGUAUGCACGUAUGUAUUUUUCGUAUGAAAAUGUUGACGUUGUAAAAUGGGGAGUGGAAUAAAGACAAAAGUGAGUUUUUAUAAUGA